CUUCCCUGGCGUGACGUUGCCGCUGCCUGCCUCCCGAGGAACAUUACCCCGAGACAGACCGGGAGAAGUGUAUAGUACAGGACACUUCACGGCAGCCACCACACUGUCACAGCACCAGGAGAGUGACCAGGGUAGUUUUGGUUUUGUAGUUGGGUGAACUUCCGUUAACAGUUAUGCAGAUCCUGGGACUAUUUUUAUCCAAGAAGCUGAGCAGCAGCGACUCGUCCGUGUUGGUGGGUGGCCACGACCAGAUCACUUACUCCUGGGACAGUGUCAACGUGUACUCUAACCCUGGCGCGUCUGCUGGUACUGGUAUCUUUAGGAGGAAGAAACAGCAUUCGAGGGAGAAGCACAUCCUUAAAGAUGUGAAGGGAAUCUGUCGCCCUGGGGAGCUGCUGGCCAUUAUGGGGGCGUCAGGGGCAGGCAAGACGACACUCCUCAACGUCCUCACUCACCGUAACAACGACAAACUCCGAGUCACUGGCGACCUCUAUGUGAAUGGUCGUCGUGUUGUUCCGGACGCCCUCACCAGCCGCUCCGCCUACGUGCAGCAAGACGACCUCUUCAUCGGGAUGCUCACCGUCAGGGAGCAACUUAUAUUUCAGGCUAUGUUGAGGAUGGACCGUCAUCUCUCCUAUGACCAGAGGAUGACCCGAGUCGACGAAGUCAUUAGCGAGCUGGGGUUGGCCAAGUGCAGUGACACCAAGAUUGGGGUGCCAGGCCGGAUCAAGGGGAUCUCUGGCGGUGAGAUGAAGAGGCUGGCUUUUGCUUGUGAGGUGCUGACCAACCCACCUCUUAUGUUCUGCGACGAGCCUACCUCCGGCCUGGACUCCUUCAUGGCCCAAAACGUGGUGGCCGUGAUGAAGAAUAUGGCCGAGAGGGGUAAGACCAUUAUCUCCACUAUCCACCAGCCUAGUUCAGAGGUUUAUGCUAUGUUCGAUCGCGUCCUGUUAAUGGCCGAAGGACGAAUGGCCUUCCUGGGUGAGGUAGAUGCUGCCUACCAGUUCUUCAACAGGAUCGGUCUUCCCUGCCCUCCCAACUACAACCCAGCCGACUUCUUCAUCUCGACGUUGGCGGUGCAGCCGGGUAAGGAGGAGAGCUGCAAGAAGGCCAUCACCAUGAUUUGUGACGAGUUUGAGAAUUCAGAAGAGGGAGUGAACAUCGACCGAGCUGUCAAGGAGAACUCGAAAGAGAUGGAACAAGAUGUUUACGACAGUCUGGGCGACGUGGAGGUGAGGAAGUCGCCGUACAAGGCCUCGUGGUGGACACAGUUCCGUAAUGUCCUGUGGCGCUCCUGGCUUGAGGUCAUCAGGGAACCAAUGCUCAUCAAGGUCCGCUUUCUUCAGGUCAUGGUAAGUGUUUUAGGGCAUGAUGAGUCUUCCUUCAGAUCAUGUUGUCAGGACAUUUAUCAUCUGGGCACCUCAACUGUGUUCCAGACCAAAGCAGUAGUGUGCUCCUGGACCUUUUGUGCUCAGUUGCCAGUCUUCCUGCGUGAACACUUCAAUGGGAUGUAUCGUACUGAUGUCUAUUUCCUGUCCAAGAUGUUGGCUGAGUUACCAUUCCACAUCACCUAUCCCUUCGCCUUCGUUGCCAUAGCUUACCACAUGGUCGGCUUUACUAACGACUAUGUCAACUUCUUCAUCUGUGCCGGAAUCGUUGUCCUUGUUGCCAACUGUGCCAUAUCUUUCGGCUACAUGAUAUCUUGUAUGGCGAAGAAUCUGAGUGUGGCGCUGGCUAUCUCAGCGCCCUUCAUCAUUCCUCUCAUGCUCUUCGGAGGCUUCUUCCUCAAUAGCGGGUCGACGCCGGUGUACCUAACGUGGCUCAAAUACCUCUCGUGGUUCAGCUACGGGAACGAGGCGCUGCUGGUGAACCAAUGGAAGGGUGUAGAGACCAUCUCCUGCAACAAAAACCAGACGUGCUUUCCUAACGGCGAGGCUGUUCUUUCCUUCCUCCACUACGAAAAUGGCAGCAUCAUCUACAAUGUCCUUUAUCUCGUCAUCCUCAUUCUUUCUUACAGAGCCCUCGCCUUCAUAGCCCUCCUCUCUAAGACCUACAGGAAGAACGAGAGUCAGCUUGGCAAACCAUUCAUCGUGUCUUUGAAAACGAAGCCGCUUGCCAAUGAAAAUUUUAAGGCUCGUGGUAUUCUGCCAACUGCUGUGAGGUGUGUAAUCCAUCUUGCCACUAAACUGGACAAGCGAAAUUCAAGACCCCGAGUGUUGCGCAGGAGUAUCACGAAACACCGAAAGAAACGCGGGUUGGCGGAACAGUUACGUGUUCUUAUGGCCCAAGUGUUGUCAGAUCUGCUAAGAAUCAAGAGUGUGUACUAUUCCGGCAACGUCUAUACGCCACAAUCCACGAUGAAGCCAAAAAUGUUAGAGAAGCAGGUAGACGAAAGUAAAUCUCCAUCAACCAGCACUAGCAACACUUCCUUGAUAAUGGUAAAUGAUCCUGACCCCAUCAUCUACAGCUGGUCUAACGUCAAUGUGUUCUUCAGACGCAAAGCGAAGACUUCAAGGUUCCUGGGUCGUGGUAAUUCUACAGACACUACACCAAGAGUAAUCCAUAUACUCAAAAAUGUGAAGGGAAUCUGUCGCCCUGGGGAGCUGCUGGCCAUUAUGGGGGCGUCAGGGGCAGGCAAGACGACACUCCUCAACGUCCUCACUCACCGUAACAACGACAAACUCCGAGUCACUGGCGAUAUUUCUAUCAACGGUAUUCGUGUUGAUCCCGAGGCAAUCACCAGCCGCUCCGCUUACGUUCAACAAGACAACCUCUUCAUCGGCUCACUCACCGUCAGGGAGCAGCUUACAUUUCAGGCUAUGUUGAGGAUGGACCGGUACUUGUCGUACGAGGAACGAGUAAGGCGUGUGAAUCAAGUAAUAAUGGAGUUGGGCCUCACCAAGUGUGAGAACACCCUCAUCGGCGUCCCUGGCACGAAAAAGAGUAUAUCUGGCGGCGAGAUGAAGAGGCUCAGCUUUGGGUGCGAGGUGCUGACCAACCCGUCCCUUAUGUUCUGCGACGAGCCCACCUCUGGCCUGGACUCCUUCAUGGCCCAAAACGUGAUAGCGAUGAUGAAAAGCAUGGCUGAGAGGGGUAAGACCAUCAUCUCCACCAUCCACCAACCCAGCUCAGAUAUUUACUCCAUGUUCGACCGCCUCCUGUUGAUGGCUGAGGGCCGAGUUGCCUUCCUGGGCACCACCGACGAGGCGCUCAAGUUUUUUAACAACUUGAACCUGAGGUGUCCAGAGCAGUACAACCCGUCGGACUUCUUCAUCGAUCAACUGUCAGUGGAGCCCAGCAAGGUGAUGGAGUCACGGCACAAGAUAGCAAUGAUCUGUGACAAUUAUGAUGCCAGCGACCAUGGUAUUACCGUGGCCCAGGACGUCAUGACCAACCAGCCACAGGACCAGAGGAAACAGCAGCAGCAGACGACGACGACGACGAAGAAGAACACCUCGCCCUACAAGGCGUCAUGGGGCACACAGUUCAGGGUGGUGUUGUGGCGCUCCUGGCUGGAGGUCCUCAGAGACCCCUUCCUCAUCCGCAUUCGCUUCCUACAGCUUGUGACGCUGGCUCUCCUGGUGGGCUUGUUGUACCGGGACCAACAGAUGGAUGAACUAGGAGUAUUCAACAUCAAUGGGGCGCUCAUGCUCCUCCUCACCAAUAUGACCUACCAGAACUGCAACACCGUAGUGAACACGUUCUGCUCUCAGAAAGAGUUGUUUAAGAGGGAGCAUCACAACGGGAUGUACCGCGUUGACGUGUACUUCCUAGCCAAGAACCUGGUGGAGACGCCGUUCUUCACCGUCUACGCCAUAAUCUACACCACCAUCAUCUACUUUCUCAUUGGCCUCAACCCCAGCCUUGAGCGCUUCCUUCUGUGUGCGAUGGUUGCCGUCAUGGUAACCUGGUGUGCUGUGUCUUUCGGUUACCUGUUGUCGUGUCUGGCACCCAGUGACAACGUGGCCCUGGCGCUGCUGGCUCCCUGUACACUACCUCUCCUCAUCUUCAGCGGCUUCUUCAUCAACGUCAGGUCGACCCCAGUGUUCAUGAAGACUUUCCAGUACUUAUCAUGGUUCAGCUAUGGCAACGAGUUGUUGGUGGUGAACCAGUGGUCGGGAGUGAACAACUUGACGUGUACGGUGUCGGCUAGCUGUUACCUUGACGGCGAGGCAGUCAUCCAGCGCUUAGGAUUCUCUGAAGACCAUUUUGCCUUCAACCUAACUUGCCUCGCCCUUCUCAUCGUCGGCUACAGAUUACUCGCCUUCUUGUUUCUCCUCCUUGGUACCAACAGAGGCAAACCUCGCUCGUGAAACCGUGAAGGUGUUUUUUUUUCAUGUGAUGUCACAGGGUUGAACUUAGUCAUGGUACGGGUGAAAUAGGUCUUUCACACGCGGCUCCAGCUCGUUUCUCAAAGACUGUGUUUGUAGACUUGGACUGUCAUGAAGGUCUCUCAAGACUGUCAAUAAAGUUUGUCGUCAAAGUCUUUAAGUCACACCAGGCGUCCACGACCGGCUUUCCUCGAUAUGACUACAGUUGUUAGCUAUAGUGCCUCUCCCGUCCACCCAUUAGUUACGUUCAGCCAUUACUUUACCAUAAAGCUUAAAAUAGUACAAUAAUAUGGACCACUACUGAAGGAGGCAUCACAGUAGGUUGUGAUUAACGAAACAAAAACUUGCCAAGAAGAGACACUGGCAAAUUACAGAACACAAUGGUGAUAACUGUUCACUUAAAUGGAAAGAAUAACAAACAUCACUUAAGUUUCUAUAGUAUAAGAGACUGAUCUAGGAGCACUGCUGAGCAAAUUAACACUGACGACUGAUACUGUGCAAUAUAUUUACCUGAGGCAGAACAGUGACCAGGUGUUAUACAAGUCAUCACUAUAAUCUGUCUAGUAUUGUUAUAUAAGUCAUUACCAUAAUCUGCCAAGAAAGCAUUUAAUGUACAGUAAAUGUUGUAUAUUUUCUUAAUAAAUAUAAAUAUAUUUAUUU